CUUUACCCCACAUUUCGAAAGAAAAAAAAAAUGUUAAGAAAUACAAUUCAUUUUACUACUAAUUUGUCUCGUAGUCUUAUUUUAAAAAGGUCAUUCACACAAUCUGUCAUUGCUCGAAAUGCAGUAGGUUUGCCUACCUCUCUUCAAUCCUUUACUGAAGAAGAAAUGAUGCUUAAAGAUACGGUCGCCAGAUUUGCUCAAGAGGUUAUUAAACCAAAAGUAUCACAAAUGGAUGAAACUGAGCAACUUGAUUUAUCUGUCUUGAAAGGCCUCUUUGAGCAAGGCCUUAUGGGUAUUGAAACAGAGGCGGAUUAUGAAGGUGCUAAUUGUUCAUUUACUUCCGCUAUUAUUACUAUUGAAGAACUUGCCAAAGUAGAUCCUGCUAUUAGUGUUCUUUGUGAUGUUCAGAAUACUUUAGUUGGAACUCUUGUUCGUAAAUAUGGUACUGAUCAUAUUAAAAAAACUUACCUUCCCAAGUUAGCCACCGAAUCUGUGGGAUGCUUUUGUUUAUCUGAAUCAGGUUCUGGCUCAGAUGCAUUUGCUCUUCAAACACGAGCUAUUGAGAAGGAUGAUCAUUAUGUUCUUAAUGGCACAAAGAUGUGGAUUACAAAUUCUGCUGAAGCUGAUAUCUUUUUAGUAUUUGCUAAUGUUGAUCCUUCUAAGGGUUAUAAGGGUAUUACUUGCUUUAUUGUGGAGAAGAAGAUGGGUGUACAAGUAGCUAAGAAAGAAAGCAAGUUGGGUAUUCGUGCAUCGUCCACCUGUGUUUUGAAUUUUGAUGAAAUUCGUGUACCUAAAGAAAAUAUUUUGGGAGAAAUAGGUAAAGGGUAUAAAUAUGCUAUUGAGAUUUUAAAUGAAGGUCGUAUUGGUAUUGCUGCUCAAAUGAUUGGUACUGCUCAGGGAGCUUAUGAUAUUGCUCUCCCUUAUCUUUUUCAAAGAAAACAAUUUGGUCAGUUUAUUGGUGAUUUCCAAGCUAUGCAACAUCAAUAUGCUCAGAUUGCUGUUGAAAUUGAAGCUGCUCGGCUUUUGACCUAUAAUGCUGCUCGUAUGAAAGAGGAAGGUAGAACGUUUGUUAAAGAAGCUGCUAUGGCCAAACUAUAUUCUUCUCAAGUAGCUGAACAUGCUGCCAGUAAGGCAAUUGAAUGGUGUGGUGGAGUUGGUUUUACUCGUGAGCUAGGUGUUGAAAAGUUUUAUAGAGAUGCUAAGAUUGGUGCUAUUUAUGAAGGAACCAGUAAUAUUCAGCUUCAGACAAUUGCUAAAUUGGUUUCUGCCAAUUAUAAAUAAAAAAAAAUAAAAAAAUAAAAAUUUAUGUAGAAAUAGAUUUUUUGUUUUUUUUAAGUCAAGUUAGUUUAAAAUGGCUUUGCAGUAGUAAUAUUUCAUGCCUUGUUGUUAUUGUUGUUAAUGUUGUGUUGUCCUUUUUUGUAUUGCGACAACAUUAUUACGCGUUUGAAGAACCGCUUCUUCGAGGGUGACGUCUGUUGGCUGCUUUCUAUUUUUCUCUCGUGUCUUUUUAAUUGUAUACUUUUUUAUCUUUAUUUUCCUUUUUACCACAUA